AUGCCAAAAUAUCUUGGACUGCCAUCUCAGAUACGCGAUCCCAAUAAUUGUAUCAAACAACAGGCACGGGAUCAACUUAAGAAAAAAUUAUGCAAAGAAAAUCAGAUUGCCCUAGGUAAGACAGUCAAUUUCGAAACACCAGAACAUGACUUUGGAACUGGCACACUUCCAGAGUAG